AUGUCUGCUCCUAAAGACUCAAAAAAACUUGAUAUUAACAAUAAUAUAAAUCAAACAGCAGUAUUGGAGAGUAAGAAAGUAAAAGAACUUGCUGAUUCAUAUGAAUUGCUGUUAGAAUUGGAAGAACUUGGUAUUGUUGGUUAUACUAAUCAAGAAAUGGCAGAAGAAGCCGAUAAAAUGCGAAAGUGUACCUCCGAAAGUUUGAAGAAUUUCAUGGUCCCUUAG